CACCACCAAUCUUUCCAUCAAGAGAAUCUAAAAACCUGUUCUCCACACUCCCCUUCCUCCACUAUCUCUCCUGAAUUCCUCUUAACAAACAAAAAGAAGAAAGAAAGAAAGAAGGAAGGAAGGAAAGAAGGAAGUCAGAAGAUCAAUAAUCCAAAUUCAAAAAAUGUCUCUCACCAUUCCUUCAAACCUCUCAAUUCUUAAGCCAAAGCUGGCUAAUUCUUCAAUAUUUACUCCGAAGUCCUCACAACGUUCGACUAUUGUUUGCUCCUCCACAUCUCAGCAGCCUGAAAAUACGACCAGUACUAACCAGCACCUGCAGGCGUUCUCGGCGGCGCUCGCUCUCUCGUCGAUCCUCCUCUCGGCGCCUCUCCCCGCAGCCGCCGACAUCGCGGGCUUGACUCCGUGCAAGGAGUCGAAGCAGUUCGCCAAGCGGGAGAAGCAGCAGAUAAAGAAACUCGAGUCCUCGCUGAAGCUCUACGCCCCCGACAGCGCCCCGGCGCUCGCCAUAAACGCGACGAUAGAGAAGACAAAGCGCCGGUUCGAUUUCUACGGGAAGUCGGGCCUGCUCUGCGGGUCUGACGGGCUGCCUCACUUGAUCGUCAGCGGCGACCAGAGGCACUGGGGAGAGUUCAUCACGCCGGGAUUGCUCUUCUUGUACAUCGCCGGGUGGAUCGGGUGGGUCGGAAGGAGCUACCUCAUCGCCAUUAGAGGUGAGAAGAAGCCGACCCAGAAGGAAAUCAUUAUUGAUGUUCCUUUGGCUCUCAGCUUGGUCUUCAGGGGCUUCAUCUGGCCCGUUGCUGCUUACAGAGAGCUUGUGACUGGUGAACUCAUUGCCAAGGACGUCUAAGAAGCUAUGGCAUCAAAUACAAAGGAGAGGAGGUUUGAUCAGGCAAAAAGGACGGAUUUUGUGUUGAGGAGAGAAGGGGAAUGAAUGGGUGGAUUAUAUUUCUUGUUUUUGUAUCUAUCUAAUUUGUAAAAUUUUACUUGUUUUUAUGUAUGCAACGGUUGCAUUUGAUACUCAAACUGAUUCAUCUUUUUUUCUUUCUUACUUUUCUUCCUUUUAAAACUCUAGCUUCUCUUAUCAUCAUCUAUUAAACCCAAAAUUAUUUCC